GACCGAAGCUUUUAACUUUUCCAAAGACAUUAGUAUUCUUUCAGUCGUGCUCCUAUUUGUGCUCCUUUCCGUCCUCGCGCCAUAGUGGCCUCUCCCUAAGUUUCGCAGUUGGAUAGAAGGCGUCCACGUGGCGCUAAAUUGGCCUGCUCGUCGUUCAAGCGGACCUCAGCGGACUUGUUCGCAAGAUACCACCAGGUCUCUGAUACCCAGGAAAGUUUGUUUAUACCAGUGUCGGCCUACGGGUCUCUCUAGACUCUACGUUUGUCCUGUAGUUUUGUCUUUCACUCUAGGAUGGCGGCCCAUUCUCAGAUGCCACCUCGCCAGCAGCAACUCUCGAGAUUGUUCAUUCCACCGUCUCUGAACUCGCAGCAGCCAACAGUCUUUGCUGAGAAUGCACCUAUGUUCUCACCAAGUCUUCCUACGGCCAUUCAACAUGGAAUGCACCCGACAUUUCCGAUGCCAGCUUCGAAUUCCCUCCAAACGCCUAUGCAGACGAAUUUCUUCCCUCCCCAACCUCCCGGCGCGCCUGGUCGACCAUCAAUGCACCGUUCGCAUCCUAGCGUAGCCCAGCUUGCUGCUGCAGGCAUCCUGCCUCCGCAAGGUAUGCUUGGACAUCCCGGUGUACCUAUGACACCACUUCCUCAGAACGGAUUCCCUGCUCCUAUGAUACCCGGACAAUUUCAGACAUUCGUACCAAGAAGUAAGCGGGCACCGAGCGUGAGUACAGGAGGGCCCCCAAAGGCCGUCCUGGGUGGGCCUCAGAGAAAGGUAAGCCCAAUGCCGCCACCGCAAGUCCAACCGGCUCCAGCGGCUCCGAAGAAGAAAAUCGUCAUCAAUCUUCCAAAGGAAACAGUGCGCAAUGAAGAGGAUGGAUCUGCGUCACGUCCUGAUUGGGCUCGUAAUCCUCUGCCUAUUAUCGAGCUACCAGAUUUGCCUGCAGUGGAGCCUCCGGAGCUGACCACUUUGGAAGCGUAUCCCUCUGAUGCAUGGAGGCAAUAUAUUCCUCCGACGGUGGACGUAUUCCUACCGGGAAAGAGCGCGUGGGACACAAUGAAACGACGGAUCAUUGAGGAGAAACUCGAAAAGCUCGGAGUUGAGAGAGGCACGGGCAGCAUUGUACCUCACGUUCACGCACCCCAUGCUAGGGCUGCCUCAAUAUCUUCGCCGGCAGAUCCUGCACUUUUAUUCUUCAAACUCAACAAGCUUCAACAGUCCCAGAAUAAUUCGACUUUGACAUCACUAUCGUCUUCUCCUCAACCACCGAUUCAUCUGACACCGUCGCCCGGAAGUUCUACUGGUCUUCCACCCCGAUUCCAGGGUAGGCACGGCCAUAGCAUGUCUCUCGCUCAGCCUCCGUCGUUCCAGUCGCCGGUGUACAACCCUACUGUAGGUUUCAACCCUUUUGGUCCCAAUGCAACGCUCGGCUCAGAACAAAUCCAAACUCGCGUCUCUCCUGGACCGCGUCCCGAUACCAUUCACGCGCCUCAGGGAAGGGUGCCAACGAGCGUCUCGUCCCUAGCCCCGCCACCCGUUCUUUCACGACCAGAGAGUCGGCCGGAUUUCACUCGAGGAUUCGGGCUAGACACUACCGAAGAGGAGGAAGAACCACCAGAAGAGCCCGUUCCUGUGGAAGUGAACUCGCAGGAGGAGCAACCAACUGACGCGGACGGCAAUCGAGAAGAUAACGACGACUUUGAGACAGAACGGGACGGCAUGAGUACAGUCGCACAGAGCCGGAUUCACUCGAGACAUGUAUCGAAGCUGUCUGCCGCAUUGUCUUUGAGGUCUGUAGGAAGGAAUGAUAGUCCUACUACUCUAGGAAUGCAAGAGCAAAACACAGAGCCUGAGGUGUACCACUUACCGCCCAGUAGGAGUCCCGCUGGUGAAUUCCAUCUCGACGAGUCUGAUCCUGGUGACGAUGCAAUCGGCGAAUGGACAGGUUCCGAGGAUCUUAGGACGGGUGCUGAGACCUCUGAGGAUGAAAGCAUCGGUGAAUGGUCGAAUCCUUCUGACGAGGAGAGAGCUCGUCAACAGCGUUCAGAACGUCUUGCUCGUCGUGCUAGCCGUCGUGCAGAGCAGCUCAAGCGUGAUCUGGAAAUGCCACGGCGGUUACCUAACUUCCCUCGCCCUCCGUCCGCACCAGGUUUCUUGGCAGGGGAGGAUGAUAUCAUCUCCAAUCCCAGUGAAGAAGAGCGUAUGCAUGUCGAAUCCUACCUUGACAUGGGUACCCGGCCUGCCUCCAAUCUCAGUGCAUUUGGACGUCCUCUCCCACAAAUUCCUCAUUCACGGUCUGCGUCUGCACAGUAUUCACAUCAUGAUCCCGCGCUAGCACACUCCCGAGAGGGCUCAGAACAUCUUAAUCUUGGUGGACUACAUCCUCGACCUGUUGCAGCUUCAAAUCCCACUCUUGCGCCGCGCAAGGAGACGCUCAAUCCUUUGGCUAAGCCCUUCGUCUUCGGUGCUUCAUCCUUUAUAUCACAGCCACCCGCGUCGGCCGCCACCGCCCAUAUUCGUACACAGUCUGUUGGAAAACCUCUGAAUGUCGCCGCACCAGAAUUCAAACCAGGUGGAUUUACUUUCCAGUUCCAACCUUCCAUUCCUUCUGUGCCUGUAUUGCCGCCCGCUCAUCGACCUUUGCCAAAUCCUCCUGUCAUCGUUUCAUCAGAACGUGUCACGCAAGGACGGGAGAAGAGACAGCGUCGUGCAUCUGCUUCUUCGUUGAAUGCAGAGGAAGACAUGGAAGUAUCAGACAAGGAAAGGGAUGAGACAAUAGAUGAAGAAAGAGACGCCAAAGAUACCAUUAGGUCGUUCAAGUUCCCGCCAACACCAAACGCUCCCAAGCCUUUCAGACAUUCGGCGCCUGCGAGCCCGCCUACUGGUCCAUCAGACUUGACUACGGAUGGUAGUUUGAAUCCUGCGGCGAAGCCAUUCACGUUCUCUGGAUUCACUGGGUCUACCCUCGACGUUGAAAAAUCACAUGCCCAUUACGCCGCCUCGGAGGGUGCUGAACGAAAUGAGAACAGCAUGGCGGAUAGCACCAUCAAACCUACCGAACCUCAGGCUGCUGAAGAAUUGCCCUACCCUCCUGCUGCGAAGCAAAAGCUUCCUGCUGGUUUGUUCAAGAAUUUGAACAAUGGAGAUGGUGAUGAGCGGACAAGGCGAGCCGUUCGUUCACGACUCAGUUCUAGGGAAUUCGGUGGUCGCAGCGCCCACAAUUCAACACAUUCACUUAGUGACAAUAACGUUCUCCCGAUUUCUAGCCGCCGAAGUGCCAAUACUAGGAAUCGUCUGUUCACUGAUCCUGGGUUCCGAGAUACUUCUCCUGAGGUGGAAGAUGUGUUCUCCUCUCGUCGACGGUCGUCGUUACCACCCAGGAGGAGAAACAGUGCUUCUUCGGGUUCUGAGUCCUAUGCUGCAAUGGAUAUUGCCAGACAGAUCGACCUGGAACAAUUUGAAGAACGGCUGGAAACGCUUUUGGAUGAGAAAAUGCAAGGUCUCAAGCGAGACUUAAAGGAGCUUCGCGCAAUUUCUAGCGGGCAAGGUCUCACGGCCUCUACGGAAGACAUGAUAUCGGAGGUGGUCUCCCUCUUCCGUACUCAAUUGCAAGAGUCCGCUGCACGUGGACUUGAAGAAAGUCAGAUGGACGCUCGAGGAGAGCUCGACUUCGAGGUUAUCAAGGGCAUCAUCGAACAGGGUAACGCUGAGGCUCGUGCACUUCUUCACCGCGAGCUCAGAGAGAGUCUUUCUCAAUUGGAAAAUGGCAUCGAUUUCAAGGCAUUCGCAGAAAGCCUCAGCGAGAGGACGAUGCAUACUGUUAUGUCUGCUACGGCUCAGAUCAGCAUGCGCAUCCAAGCACUCGAGCCGUCCCGAUCUACGCUGUCAUCCGAGCGUGAAGCAAUUGUGCUUGAUGUCAUGGCCGCUUUGACUCCUCACCUCGCUUCUCUUCGAUCCGAGCCAAUCGAUUACGAAGGAUUGACUGUCCAGUUGUCCCAAGCAGUUAAACCUCACAUUUCACAACUAAUUGACCUCGCCUCGGACAAGCGGGAAACUGCUGGUCUUAUUGUCGACAAGCUCGUUCCUCUCCUGCCGUCUUUGCUACUUUCUACUCCCAACUUCGACGUGGACAAUAUUGUAGGCCGCCUUACUACGGAAGUGCGCAAGAUUGUUGAACCUCUUGACGCGCAUGAGAUCAAGGAACAGGUCUCCGAUCUUGUGGUGGAACGCCUCGAUUCGCGCCUCGCAGUCAGAGAUAAAGCGUUCAAUGCCGAUGUUAUCUCUAAGAAGGUGACUGAGAGCAUAAACGAUCUCCUAGCUCCUUUGCGAGACUUGAAAUCUGCGGUGAAUGCUAUAGGCCAAGUCCAGCACAGUGACAAGGCCCCGCAAGCGUUAGAUCUUUCUGCUGUUCGACAAGACAUCACUGCUCUCUUGUCGAACUUGCCCGAACAACUUGUGGCAGCAACGAAUGCGCUUGGCGGUGCUCGGGAAGAAUUUGCAGUUUCCGCGAAACAUCUCCAGAAGCCAGAUCCCUCGACCGAGACAAUCGCUUCCAUCGAUUCCACUCUUAGCAGCGUCUCUGAACAGCAAAAGACACUUAUUGACCAAAAUCAGGAGUUCUCCGAAUUCUGUCAGGACAUUAUCAGACAUAUCAACGCGCUUCCGGAGACGAUUCUUGAAGCCACCAAGGUCUUGCAGAAUGCUCACUCUGACAUGUUGUCGCGAGACACAACUCAGAAGGAUUCGGAAGAGAUUCGCCGACUUAUGACAAAUAGUGCCGAACUGCAAGUUCAAUUGGCGAAGGCCCGUGGUGCUCACGGUCAAGUCCGUGUCGAGAAGGAUAUGUUGAAUGAGAGGCUUCGAUUGUCUGAGAACGAACGGGAUCGUCUCCGUACGCAAUUAAACGAAGUUCAGACAUUGGUCACCAACAAGACCGCCGAAGCAGCGGCUAUGGAGGCUCGAAAUCGGGAACUUGAGGAGGCACUCGUGCAAGCUUUAGAGCGUAUCAAGUCCUCUGAUGUCGUUACGCAAACAAGUCUUGAGCGGAUCUCCAGUCUUGAGAAGGUCAUUCAAGAUCUCAGCAAUGAGAAGUAUCAGUUCAUGUCCAAGGCUAAUGCUCUUGAGCAAGCUGUCGCUUCUGCCAACCGGGAGAGAGAUACUGUUGUUAACGAUAUGGCUCACUUGAGAAGACAGCAGGAAGAACUCUUGUCGCAACAAAGCCAAUGGGACGAAUUACGUCGUGUCAACGAAAGUGUUCAAGCCCUUGCUGCGCUCGUUUCUCAAGGCGAGAAUGAGGAGGUUAAGGAACUCAGGCGUGUUCGUGACCGCUUCAAGGUCUUGGAAGGAGAGCAUGCAGCCUUGCAACGUCGUCUGAAGGAUCAAGAGAAUAGGGCCGCAAACAACGAACGAACAGCUCUCACCGCGCGACAGAGUCUCACUCAAGCUCAACAGCGUGCUGCCGAAUGGGAGAGACGUGCGAACGAAUACGAGCAGGAGUUGCAAUCUGCGAAGGAAAGACUCGACCAAACAGAAGAGGCACGAUCUCAGUUGGAUACAGACUAUUCCUUGGUGAAACUACAACUCGAAGAGCGGGAUGCAGAAGAACGACUGGCCAAGGAUCGCGAAAGCAAGUUGAGGGACCAGAUUGCUGCACUGGAAGGGCAAGUUGCGCGGGCACAAACUGACGCUGAUCAGGCAAGGAAAGGUGCAACCGCUCCUCUGCAACCGAAGUCCAGCAAUGUUCCUUCUCGUCCCCGUCAAAACGGCUACGUCCACAGCGUUCCACCUGUCCGCCCUGACUCUAGAGCAAGUACUGUCUACAUCGAUAGCAGAGCUGUUACACCUACCGGUCAGCCCAACGGCACAUAUACACCAAGUGUUCGUGGGGAAACCCCUUCACAACCCUCUGUAUGGGAUUCGAUCCACGCCCCAGCGGCCAGGCGAGAUAACCCUGUGAGACUACCAGUGACACCUAAACCGAGGAAGCCAUUCUACCGACCUCAUGCACCAUCGCCAACACCCAGUACGGUAUCUGCGACACCCACAUUGGGUGAGGAUGGAUGGUGGACUUAAACUGCAUGGGUGAUCGUCCGUUGUCUGUUUUAAGUUCCUGUCAUAUUAUCAUCAUGUCACAUCAUCUUCCCAUAUGCAUCCCCAAUAUUUAACCACAUUCUUUGCUUCAUCCAUUAUAUACCCUUGCCCGAGACAACCCCCUUGUUUCAUUGCUCUACUUGCUUUCAUCCGGCCUGGGAUUUUCUUGGUUCUCCCUUCCUUUUCCAUCCAUUCCCAAUUCUACAUCAUAUCCAACGGAUCUGCGCAUAUUGUCUACUUGUACACACUGGGAAUAAGAUUUGCAUUAAUCGGG